CCGAAGGGCCCCGCGGCCGCCUGCGCCCCGGCUCGGCUCACCGGGCCCUGGCGUCCGGGGCUUGGUGGGGACCGGGGAGAGUAGGAAGACCGUGCUUUAAAUCCCAAAUCCUCCGGACCGGGAGAAGGGGCGUGGAUUUACAAAUAGUGAUGGGCGUCGGCUGUGUGUCGGCACCGUUCUAGGCUCUUGGGAUACAAAAAUGAAUGAAGUCUCCGGAUAGUCCUCAAGGGUGUCACAGAUCGUGACAUGGGGACUGAGCACACGGAGAUCAUUCCCAAGGAGGAGGUUUGCGAAGAGCCCGAGCCCCCCGGGGCGGCCGACGAGGGCCGGCAGUUCGGAGCGGACGCGCGGGCGCGGCCCCCGGGAGAGUCCGUGGACGCGAGCGUGGCGCCCGGGUCUUCCCGGGGCGGUGGCGUCGCGUCGGGGCUGAUGACCGUCAAGAGGUCCCCGUCCAGCGAGAGGCUGCAGGAGGACCCGGCGAGCGAGGGCGGCCGCGGCCGCGGCCCCGGCCCGGCGGCCCCGCCUCCGUCCCCGGGGGCCCCCGCGCCGCAGAGGAGCCCCGUGCGGGAGAAGCCCCACACGUGCAGGGAGUGCGGGAAGGCCUUCAACCAGAACUCGCACCUGACGCAGCACCUGCGCGUGCACAGCGGCGAGAAGCCCUUCCAGUGCGGCGAGUGCGGGAAGCCGUUCGGGACCAACUCCAGCCUCCGGCGGCACCUGCGCAUCCACGCGGGCGAGAAGCCGUUCGCGUGCACCGAGUGCGGCAAGGCGUUCAUCCAGAGCUCGCACCUGGUGCACCACCACCGCAUCCACACCGGGGAGCGGCCCUACCGCUGCGGCGAGUGCGGCAAGGCGUUCAGCCAGAACUCGGCCCUGCUGCUGCACCAGCGCAUCCACACCGGCGAGAAGCCGUACGCGUGCAACGAGUGCGGCAAGGCGUUCCGCGUGAGCUCGCAGCUCAUCCAGCACCAGCGCAUCCACACGGAGGAGCGCUACCACGAGUGCGGCGAGUGCGGCAAGGCCUUCAAGCACAGCUCGGGCCUCGUCCGCCACCAGAAGAUCCACACCGGCGAGAAGCCCUACCUGUGCGGCGAGUGCGGCAAGGGCUUCGGCCAGAGCUCCGAGCUCAUCCGGCACCAGCGCAUCCACACGGGCGACAAGCCGUACGAGUGCAGCGAGUGCGGGAAGACCUUCGGCCAGAACUCGGAGAUCAUCCGGCACGUGAGGAUCCACACGGGCGAGAAGCCGUACGUGUGCGGCGAGUGCGGCAAGGCCUUCCGCGGCAACUCGGAGCUGCUGCGCCACGAGCGCAUCCACACGGGCGAGAAGCCGUUCGAGUGCCCCGAGUGCGGGAAGGCCUUCCGGCGGACCUCGCACCUCACGGUGCACCGGCGCAUCCACCGCGGCGACAAGCCGCACCAGUGCGCCGAGUGCGCGCGCACCUUCUGGGACGGCUCGGAGCUGCUGCUCCACCGGAAGGUGCACAGCGGCGAGAAGCCGUUCGAGUGCGACCGCUGCGGGAAGCCGUUCGGCCAGCUGUCGCAGCUGGCGCUCCACCAGCGGACGCACACGGGCGAGAGGCCGUACGAGUGCCAGCAGUGCUCGCGGACCUUCAGCAGGAGCUCGCACCUGCUGCGGCACCAGAGCGUGCACUGCGCGCAGUGAGCCCGCGCCGGCCGGCGCGCCCCCGCGGCCCCUGCUGCGGAGCCGGCUGGAGGGGAGGACGCGCUUCUGCGGGCUGUUCGCGGGGGAGCUGCGGCGCGCCGGCCUGGGCCGCCAGGGCCGUUUCGGCCCUUCGUUGUC